AUGAGAUAUGACGUCACGUCGCCAUUUUCUCUGUUGAUCAAUUUGCAACUCGCCUUGUGUUGAAAGGAUUUAGCUAAAAUUUCGUGAAAUUUGAGGAAAUCAUGGGGCCAAAAAGCGGUCCAGUGUUAUUUAUUACUCUAGUCUUAUGUUUCAAGACAGGAUUUUCUUACAUGGAGGCAUUAGCGGCUCAUGCAGAUGCAGCCAUGAACAAGUUUGAGCCAGAGGUGUCCUUUUUCUGCCAUAAACCAGCAAUGCACCGAGUUGUGAAUGGCUGGGAACCAGAUUUUACUACAGAUUGCUUGGAAGACCCAGCAGAAAUUCUAGAAUAUUGUAAAAAGGUCUACCCAGAUCAUGAUAUCAAAAAUGUGAUAGAGACCAGUUAUAAACUCGAGAUUCCAGCGUGGCCCAAGUUCAAUGGACCAGAUGACAAGAAAACCCAUAUGAAAGUUUCACCAUUCAGAUGUUUAGUUGGUGAUUUUGAAAGUGAAGCCCUAUUAGUACCUCAACAUUGUAUAUUUGAUCACGAGCAUGAUUCUAACAAAUGUGAGCGACCAUCAGUAUGGAAGAAAACUGCCACAGACGAGUGUGCGUCACGUGGUAUGGUUCUAGAGAGCUCAGGGAUGCUGGUUGUGUGCGGCACAGACACGUUCAGAGGUGUCGAGUAUGUUUGCUGUCCAAAAGAAGACAAAAGUACGCCAUCGGUGUCCUCAUCAAGUUCGGAAUCCGAGAAUGUCGACUCUGAGGAGGAGGUUGACGAUUAUACUGCAUAUCUCCGUGGUUACGAUAUGAACAAAUACAGUAACGAGCAUAUGAAGUUCAAGGCAGCCGAGAAAUCGAUGCAGAAACACCAACACGAGAAGGUCACCAAGAUGAUGAAGGACUGGCAAGAGGCUCGUGAACAAGUUGCUGAGAUGAGGAAAACAAACAAGACAGCUGCAGAAUUAUUGAACAAGAAAAUUACAGAGAAAUUCCAAGAAAUGUAUCAUGCCUUUGAAGAGGAAGGUAAGAGCGAGAAGAAACAGUUGGUGAGUCUACAUCAACAGAAGGUACAGGCCAUGUUCAACAGGAAGAAGAACAUUCUGAGGAAAGAAUACAUGGAAGAGCUCGAAGAUGAUCAUCCAAGGACCUCUAAGAUACUCAGCUACCUGCAGCAGUACAUCCGUGUCGAGGAGAAGGACCGUCUACACACAGUGAACAGAUACGAGCAUCUCCGUGACACAGAUCCACAAGAGGCACUCCGUGUUCGUGAAUCCCUUGUCAAGCAUUUGAUGUUGAUUAACGAAAGAAUCGAAAGUGCCAUUGAUAUGACAAAACGUGAUCCAGAGCUGGAGAAGAAAAUCCGGCCAGUAAUUGAGGAAUUCCGUCGCACAAAGUUCCGUAGUUUGGAUAUCAGCAUUGACGAUGUUGUUAUGACACCAGAAAAGAAAAUAGAAACGAUACCAGUUGACAACGUAAUAGACAGUGCAGAGAGUGAUAGCGAGAGCCACGAUUACACAAACAUUCGUAUCGACACCGAGGGAAUGACCAUGCAAGAGAACAAUGACCCAUUAGCCGUACAUAUCCAAAACAACGCCGUUGCCAUGGAGAAAAAUAACCCCAAUUUUGUUGGAACAGCUACUGGCUCUGCAGCUACUACGACAAAUGUUGUUGGAAUUGUGGUAGGAAGUGUCGCAGUUCUGAUCAUCAUCGUGGUUGCCGUGGUUAUGAUGAGGAAGAGAAGCAGACGACAGCCAAUCACUCACGGAUUUGUAGAAGUUGAUCCUGCCGCAUCACCAGAAGAACGCCAUGUUGCUAAUAUGCAGAUGAACGGAUACGAAAAUCCUACAUACAGAUACUUUGAAAUGGGAACCAACUAGUUUAUAAUGUUUAUCAGUUUGAUAGAGAAUUUAAUUCCAUAUUAUUUUGAAAUCGACUCAAAUUUCAAGAAUUAAAAAAUUACGUCUGUUGUAAGUUAUGUAACAGAUUGAAAACGUUUUCUGUAGAAAUUUCUUUUCGAUACUUGUGUCACCGAGUGAGAUUUGCGCUGAUUGUAGGAUAUUCACCAGUAGCCGUUGUUGAACAAAAUGAAACUGUCUGUGCGUCGGCAGAAUUUGGAAAAUCAUCGUAAAUAAAUUUACAAUAUUUAAGCUUUCUGUUUUUCUUUGUCCAAAUAAGGAUCGUAAGCAUUCAAAGUAAUCAUCAUACUAAUCGUUCGGCUUAAAUGUUCAUAUUACAGAUAUAAAUAUAUAUGUCUUGUUUUUGUAUAUUCAUCAAUGAAAAACGUGACCAUACUCUCAUUUGUUAUAAUCAAGUAUUUGUUCUGCAAUAUUUUAAAUAAUGUUGUUUUGUACAUUGAAUUAGUAUAUGUUGUUACGCGCAUAGAGCUCUCUGUAUGUUUAUAGGAGAAUCUUUUACUAAAUGUAUGAUUAUUCGUGAUUAUUCUUAUUCAUUCGUUAUUAAAAACAACAGUCAUGGGUAGCUUGCUAUGUAACAGCUUUUAGAUCUGCGAUUUCCUUUCUUUUUGUGUGUAUCAUACUGUUUUUCUUUCUGUUUUUUUUUCAACAUAAUGUAAAUAACAAGGCCAGUGAUGUUAUAUGUACUGUUAAUAGGUAAACAAUAUAGUUUCUGUAUAUCUUAAUAAAAAUGACUAGCGUAAUGUUAAAUAUUGAAAAACUCAUAUUUCAAAAAGUUUCAUAUUUUUCAAGAAAAUGGAUAAAAACGAGAAUUUUGACCGAAUCUGAAUCAUUUAUAGUCUUAAAUGUUAUACAAAUGUACACAAACUUUGACCGAAAGUUUACCCACAAAAUUUACACAAAUAUUUACACAAAUUAACCAGUCUUGAAGUACUGUUAAGUAAGUACAGAUGUUAAACUUGUUAAGUCAAUAUUUCGACGCAAGGAGAAAGAUAUGUGACCUUAACAUGCAAAAUUCUAACAUUCUAAAUACUAAAGCAAAGUAGAAUUAGGAAAGAAAAGAAACCACCCUUAUUAUUGGUAGGAAAAAGGAUUUUUUGUAAAAAAAAAAAAAAUUGAGAUAAGAAAGGGAAGUUUUUUUUUCUCAUGCGCUUUAUGCAGUGCUUUGUUUGUGUGCCAUGAUAGAUAAACCAAAAGUUCAACCUUACGUGUACAAUUGUUUAGUAUGAUCAGUGUUAAGUGUUUUCAAGGUAAUGUCAUAUUUUGAAAUAAGGUCCAAGUUUUUCUUCUUUUUUUUCAAUAUUUACCAUAUUUAUAGAUGUUUUUAAUGUACAUUUUUUUAGUUUUAUGCUGAUUUUUAUCAUACUUCCAUUUUGUACAUUUACUCAUAUGUUUUUAUUAUAACUUGAUUAUACUUUUAUUCAGUACAUAUUUACAAUUCAUAUAUGUUUUGCAUAACGGCAGGUCAUUUUGCUGUAUUAACUAAUGAAUUUUGAAUGAAAUAUGAAAUGAGGUUAUAUUGCCAGCAUAUCUCGAUGAUUAAUAAACUUUGGUUGUAAGUCUGCAAAUAAUCUAUAAAGGAAUUUUCAAAUAAAACUUACAUUUAAUUUUUACUUUUGUGAUAACUCGCAAGUAACUAGAUUUGCAUUUUAUUUUAUUUUUUUCAAAUUUUCACAUAGCUGGUUGUAAAACUGACCAAUUUGGUGAGGCAUUUUUUAAAAAUUAUUUUUUUCUUUGUUUAUUAACCUGAAAAUGUGAUAUUUUUUCUUCAUUCUUUUUACAACAAUAUAGAUGUUUCUUUGAAAAAACUGCAUUUUUUGCUGUGACCUGCUAAAUAUGUUUAAAACCAACUCUGUGUAUGGCACUUAAUGUUUAUUUCAAAGGAUCAAACUUAGAAUUAAAAAGUUUUUUAAAGUUAAAUUUUUUUUUUUAUAAAAUUCAUAGAAAAGUGAAUAAAACAAAAAAAAAGUAACAAGAAUAGAUAUAGAGAUACUGAAUGAUAUUAACUACAAACUGCCAUACCCAGAGAUGUCAUGCUUUUGCAGAAAAAUCUUGAAGUGUACAAGUUCACUGUUUUUAUACACUGUGGAGUUACAUUCAAGUAACCAGUAAGGGAGGUAAUUCAUGGCACCCAAGGGAUACAGAUUUAUGUCUUAGCUUUAAGCCAUUGUCACUGUUGAAAAAAUAUCACAUUCAGUGAAUGUGUGACAAUUGCAUGGAAUAAAAUCAUGUAGAAGGCCGGGGAAAAAUAGUCUUGGUGAAAAUAAUAUAUAAGGGUUCCAGAGUGUUUAGGAGGGUUUAAGGCUAGGGAGGGGGAGUGUGUUAUCUGUGAUAUGAUAGAGUGAAGCAGGGGUGGGGGAUUAGACCAAACAUUCCAUUAUGUAUAGUAUAUUGAUAUAAAAAUUCCCUGGUCUGUCUACCUAGCUAGCUGUAGGCACUGUAUGUCCUUGAUCAUGGCGGCACCGGCACUUUGCUUUCUCGUCUACUGUUACUAUAACAGAUUGACAGUAUUGUCACAAGCAGAAAUAUCUGGUUAAGAGUAGGAAAACCAUGGUUACAGUAAGCCGCGUCUUGUGUUUUGAUACCUCAUUCAUAUAUUUAUAUAGUUGACUUCUAUUAAAACCAGUAGUAAUUUUUUUUUAAGUUUUAUAAUUAUUUUAGAAUUUUAAAUACAUUUUGAUUUAUAAGAUGGAACGGAACACUGAACUGCCAAACUUGUUAAGGAAAUAUAAGAAAUAAAAUGAGAUUUUUACUUUGUUUUACUCACUCAUCAUAAGCGUUUGUGUAACUCGACAGUGUAUAAUGUAAAACACAGGUCUAUAAAUAUGUAACUCAGUGUUGUGAUUUGUGUAGUGUACAACUCUGCACCUUUACAUCAUGUCAGGUCAUGCAUCAAACCUUCUAUAUAUAUAUGUGUAUGUAAGAGAGGAUAAUAAACUUGUACACUUCACAAAAA